AUGAAUUCGACUAUUCUUCUCGGUUCACUGGCCAAUUUUCCGCUUGUUACUGCCGUAUUCGACGGCCACUCAUUUGCUCCACCAUUAUCGCAAAAUUCACAAGGUAGAAGGAAUGGCUCAGCUCCUCUUGAAAGUGCUGAAACAAAAACUUCACUUUAUUCUACUAGCGAUUCGAAUAAUGACGCUGUCAGUGACUAUUUAGCUCUGGCAUCAUCAAGCUUGACUGAAGCCGAAUUUCGAGAGUAUGCUGAACUUUUGCACCGAUCGAAACAUGGUGAACUGCCCCUGAAGGAACUCUUGCACAAACUUAUGGAACUGUUCGGUCCGUGGCGGAAACACCUACUGACCAGGUUGCACUUGUUGAUCCGAGCCGAAGACCAAGCGGAAUUUCGUGAAAUUCUGGAGCUGCACAACAUUACAGGAUCAUCAGACUCUGUCUAG